CCUCCUUCUUCUUGUAGUUAUUUAAACGCGGUUAUUAGUUGUUUCAACACAUUAUCAACAUCAGCUGAACUCGACAUUUGUGACACCGUGAAUGUGUGUGAGUUCAAAGACUAACGGAGAAACAGCUGCGCCGUUGUCGUCACUCGAUCACAUGACAUGCCGGUCAGCUGACCGCCGUCUUCCGGGUUGUGUGUUUAUCUCCAGCUUCAGUUUCCUCCGUGUUGACUCAGUUGGCACCAUGAGCGCCUCAGACAGCGAGGAUGAUUUCUACAACGAGAGGACGGCGUUGGUCCCGGCAGAAAAUCCAGCAGUGCCGUCCUAUAGGCCAGAUCUUGACUCCACCCCCACAGAAGACUCUCCACCUUUAAGGCCAAAGCCGGGGGUGAGUGGGCGAGCGGCUCCAGGCAGCUUGGACAGCAGUGGCGGUGAAGGAGGGGGGGGCGGGGGCUCGGAUCAGGAGGCAGACGACGAGGAGCUGACGCUGAAGUACGGCGCCAAACACGUGAUCAUGCUCUUCAUCCCCGUCACUCUCUGCAUGGUGGUUGUGGUCACCACCAUCAAGUCGGUCAGCUUCUACACGGAGAAGACCAACCAGCAGCUGAUCUACACGCCGUUCACGGAGAACACAACGUCUGUCGGCCGCCGCCUCCUCAACUCUGUCCUCAACACCAUCAUCAUGAUCAGCGUCAUCGUGGUCAUGACAAUCUUCCUGGUCGUCCUCUACAAGUAUCGCUGCUACAAGUUUAUCCACGGCUGGCUCAUCUUGUCGUCCCUCAUGCUUCUCUUCUGGUUCAGCUUCAUGUAUCUUGCGGAAGUGUUUAAGACGUAUAACAUGGCGGUGGACUACGUGACGGUGUCGGUGCUGAUCUGGAACUUCGGGGCUGUGGGGAUGAUCUGUAUCCACUGGAAAGGUCCUCUGCAGCUGCAGCAGGCGUACCUCAUCCUCAUCAGCGCUCUCAUGGCACUCGUCUUCAUCAAGUAUCUGCCCGAGUGGUCAGCGUGGGUCAUUCUGGGCGCCAUCUCCGUCUAUGAUCUGGUGGCCGUCCUCUCUCCUAAGGGUCCUCUCAGGAUGUUGGUGGAAACAGCUCAGGAACGUAACGAGCCCAUUUUCCCGGCCCUCAUCUACUCCUCCGCCAUGAUGUGGACGGUGGGGAUGGCGAGCCCGACGGAUGCUCCGCACUCCCAACACCACUCAGACGAAGAGGCGGAGCAGAGUGUCAGAGGGGCGGAGCCUGAGAGCAGACAGCCCAGGACAUUUCCAGAAGAGCUGGAGGAGGACAGGGGAGUGAAGCUGGGACUGGGUGACUUCAUUUUUUACAGUGUUCUGGUUGGAAAAGCAGCAGCCACCGGUGGAGACUGGAACACGACACUCGCCUGCUUCGUAGCCAUCCUCAUUGGCCUGUGCCUCACACUGCUGCUGUUGGCCAUCUUUAAGAAAGCGUUGCCGGCGCUUCCCAUCUCCAUCACCUUCGGCCUCAUCUUCUACUUCUCCACGGACUUCCUGGUGCAGCCGUUCAUGGACAACCUCGCCGCUCAUCAGUUCUACAUCUGAGACGGAGCCCCGCCCACCCCCAUCACAGGAAGUGAUGUAACAGCUGCCGCUCCUGUCCCUCAAACAUUCCUCUUUUUAAUACAGGACUUUUUAGAAGAAAAGAAAAAGUGAAUUUCAGCUGGAUUUUUAAGGUGGAUUCGCAUAUUUGUAGAUCAAAGAUAAAGAAAUAUAACGUGA